GCAGCUGCACCCGGAGCCUGGGGGAGGAGCGCGCGCUGUGCCGGGGAGACACGGCGAAACGGAGCUGUGCUGUGAGCGCGCGACUCGGACACGCCGGGGACAUGGAGCGGAAGGUGGCUCGCGAGUUCAGGCACAAGGUGGAGCAGCUGAUAGACAAUGAGGCCGAGAAGGACUACCUGUACGACGUGCUGCGGAUGUACCACCAGUCCAUGGACCUGCCGGUCCUGGUGGGGGACCUCAAGCUGGUGAUCAACGAGCCGAGCCGACUGCCGCUGUUCGACGCCAUCCGGCCGCUCGUCCCUCUCAGACAUCAGGUGGAGUACGACCAGCUCACCCCCAAGCGGUCUCGGAAGCUGAAGGAGGUGCGCCUGGACCGCAGCCACCCCGAGGGGCUCGGGCUGAGCGUGCGGGGGGGACUGGAGUUCGGCUGUGGCCUCUUCAUCUCCCAGAUCAUAAAGGACGGACAGGCGGACAGUGUCGGCCUGCAGAUUGGAGAUGAGAUUGUGCGCAUCAAUGGCUAUUCCAUCUCCUCCUGCAUCCACGAGGAGGUGAUCAACCUGAUCCGCACCAAGAAAACGGUGUCCCUCAAAGUCCGCCAUGUUGGGAUGAUACCGGUGAAGAGCUCCACGGAGGAGCCCCUCAAGUGGCAGUUUGCGGACCAGUUUGUGUCGGAAUCGGGGGAGAAGAAGAGCAGCGUGGCUGGGUUGGCGUCUGUCGGAGGGAAGGAGAUCAAGGAGAAGAAGGUCUUCCUCAGCUUGGUGGGCACCAAGGGCAUGGGGAUCAGCAUCUCAAGUGGCCCGACUCAGAAGCCGGGGAUAUACGUGAGCAACGUGAAGCUGGGGUCUCUCUCAGCCGAGGUGGGGUUGGAGGUGGGGGACCAGAUUGUGGAGGUGAACGGGGUGGACUUCACCAACCUGGACCACAAGCAGGCUGUCAGGGAGCUGAAGAGCAGCAGAAGCUUGACGAUCACGGUUCUCACGGGGGCGGGCAGGGAGCUGUUCAUGACGGACGAGGAGCGGAUGGCGCUGGAGGCCCGGCGGGAGCUGGAGCGCCAGGAGCUGAUGAAGCAGAAGCGGCUGGCUCUGGAGACCAACAAGAUCAUCAAGGAGCAGCAGGAGAAGGAGCGCCUGCGAAAAAUGGAGAUUUCACAGAAAACGCAGGAGGAGGAAGAGCGCUAUCGGAGGGAGAUCGAGAGCAUUGAGGAAGCUGAACGAAAACACAAUAGGGAGUGGGAGGAGGAUUGGGGCCCUAGGGAGCCACCCAGGAGCCCAAGUCCAGGACCGAGCCCGAACCCUAAGCCGACCCCAGUCCCGAAGAGUGCUCCUGUGACUAACAAACCCAGAAGCUCUGCCUUCGGUUGGUUUUAUCGAUACGAGGGGAAGUUGCCCACCUUGCGAAAGAAAGGAAAGGACAAGAAGCAAAAGAAAAAGAUCUCCAAGACUGAUACUCUGCAAGAGCAAAGAAAGAACAAGAAGGAGAUGGAGUUUGAGCUGAAGCUGGCCAAGGAGAAAGAGGAAAUGUAUGAACGUGAGAAGCAGUUGAAAAUCAGCAGACUGGUUCAAGAGGUGUCAGAGACUGAGCGGGAAGACCUGGAGGAGUCAGAGAAGGUGCAACACUGGGUGGAGAAGCUUUGCCAGACGCGACUGGAGCAGAUCUCCUCAGUGGAGAACGAGUCCACUGAGGUGACGCCACCGAAGCCACCUUCUAGUGGCCCCGUGGUGCGACGCUUCCCUGGCGGCCUACAGCUGGCCACCACUGACUUAGAUGACAUCAACCUGGACGAUGUGGACCAGAGCCUGAGGCAGCCACUGAAACGACUGGCCCCAUCCCCCCCCACCGGCAGGCAUACCCAACCGCCGCCCCUGCCCUUACCCCCGCCCUCCCCAAGAAUGCCUCACGGGUCCACCUUCUCUCCUUCUGCACUCAGGCUCACACAUACCCACCCAGGACUUCCUCCCACCCCUGCAGUUGCAAGGAUGCCUCCCUCAGCCCAGGGGCACUUACCCCAUCCUCCUCCACCUCCGCCCCCUUUGUCUUCAAACAGGUCCACAACAGCGCAGUCCUCCUGGCCCCCCUCUACCCCUCAUCCACCUAAUCCACCCCCCCCUCCGCCUCCUCCACCACCUCCUCCACCCCCUCCACCCCCACAGCACACAGGAGAAUGGGAGGGGAAUACCUAUAGACCAAGAGCGGGGUACCACGGCCAAUCUAACCCCCCCAGCCCAGAGCCUGCAUCUCUGAAUGAGUCUGGUUGCAUGAAGGUUUCCGUUUGGGAGAAGCCAUUGAAGCAUGGGUGGUGCUGUGGACCGUGUGGCCUGCAGUGUGAACCGCGUGGCUGUGUGCUUUGCUCUAGUUCAUCACGUUUUCCCUUCCUGGCCAUGUGCCUUAAGCUCAGCGGCUGUUUUGCUGUUUGUUUUGCUGCGAUUGUUCAGGUUAUGAGGAACACCUCCCAUGUGAGUAGGAUAUCAACUUCAAGCAGCCCUCUGCAAAUUGCCCCCAGCCCCCCAAACCAGCGGCGGCAGGUGGCCCAGGUCGUGUCCAAGCCUGUCAUGCUGCCCCCCUCGCAGAGCUCCCACCGGCCCACCCUGCGUUCUGAGCCGCUGCCGCCCGAGAUGCUGAAACGGAUGGUGGUGUACAACAGCUCCUUCAGAUCGCGCCGGAAACAAGGAUUCCAAAAAUAUGUGGAGGACUUUGAUCCGCAUUCCAUGUUCUCCUCAGAGCAGAUUUCUGGAAAGGAUGUGCGUCUUCUCAGAAUUAAGAAGGAGGGUCCGCUGGACCUCGCCUUAGAGGGGGGCAUAGAUUCGCCCCUGGGGAAACUCGUGGUGUCCACCAUCUACGAAGGCGGCUCGGCCGAUAAGCACGGUGGGGUCGUGAGGGGGGACGAGGUGCUCGCUGUCAAUGGGAAGAUCCUGACGGACGCUACCCUGAGCGAGGCCCAGAACUCGCUGGCGCGUGCAUGGAACAGCGGCGGGGACUGGAUCGACCUAGUGAUCGCCAUGUCUCCUCCGAAGGAGUACGAGGACGAAGUGACCUUCUUCUGAGAGAUUUUUCACCGUCCACCUACCACUCAGUGGAACCAAACAUGCUCCUAGUUGCUGAUAUUUUUUUU